AUGCGUGAGACGCGAAGGAGCCAGAACCCUUGUAGCGGGCCAAACAACCUUAAGAUUCUGGGAGCACAUGAUCCUCACUCGCACAGUUGCGCUGCACACGUUGCUGAUCACGGCUCAUCCGCUCGAGUGCGCAAUCGCCCGUCACGGCCGGCACCUGACGAUCCAUGCCCGGGCACCUUUUGGAACGGUGUGAAGAGUGUUGUCCAUUGCUAUAUGCCACUUGCCUCUUCACCCGUCGACCGCCGCCUCCGCAAUGCGAUGUACAGGUAA